CACAACCCACACCCGCACCGACCCCACCCAAGAGGAGUGGAAAGAAGAUCGCACGAGAUCAUGAAGAGGAGGAAUCUGUUCGUGUUCUUCGACUCGGCCUAUCAGGGCUUCGCCUCCGGCUCUCUGGAUAAAGACGCCUGGGCGAUCCGCUACUUCGUCUCCGAGGGCUUCGAGCUGUUCGUGGCUCAGUCCUUCUCCAAGAACUUCGGCCUUUACAAUGAGAGAGUUGGAAACCUCACCAUCGUGGCUCAGGACGGAGAGAACCUGACCCGCAUCCUGUCCCAGAUGGAGAAGAUCGUGAGGACCACCUGGUCCAACCCCCCGUCUCAGGGAGCGCGCAUCGUCAGCAAGACCCUCAACUGCCCCGAGCUCUUCGCUGAAUGGAAGGGUAACGUGAAGACGAUGGCGGACCGCGUGCUGCUGAUGAGGGACCAGCUGAAGGGGAAGCUGCAGGCUCUGAACACCCCGGGGACCUGGGAGCACAUCACCCAGCAGAUCGGGAUGUUCAGCUUCACAGGGCUCAACCCCAAACAGGUGGAGUUCAUGAUCAAAGAGAGGCACGUGUACCUGAUGGCGAGCGGCCGCAUCAACAUGUGCGGUCUGACCAGCAGCAACAUCGACUACGUGGCUCAGUCCAUCCACGACGCCGUCACCAAGGUCCAAUGAAGGCUCUCCAACCUCUGAUUGGUUCACCCGCAGAGAGUCUGCAGUGUAGCCAAUCAGGUUGAGGAUGAUUAUCUGUGUGAAUCCUUUGGGAGAUGCAAUGAUUUUAGGGAAACACUUGAACGCACAGGUCUCACUGUCCCUCCAUAUUUAGAGUCAUUUCACGUCACACAAUGCUUCCUCUGUCACUGAUAGCACUUCACUGGAUUUCAUAACGUAUCCGUAGUGUCGAUCAAAUUAAUGUAAAUAGAUGUUAGACGUCCUAAUGUUUCCUGAAGAUGCACUAAAGCACAUCAGUGUGAGAAUCCAUAUGUAUAUUUCACAAUUGAAUCAUCAUGCAGAAGUGUUUUUAAUAUUUAGUUCAGGCACAUAAAGGACAUGACAGUACGAUGAAAUGACAAGCUCACACACAAAAAUAUUAAAUAAGAAUAUUAAAUAAAUAACAAAACAGAGUUAAUAUUAUCCCUGCAAUAUUUUUAAAUAACUGAAAACACACACAUGACAUGCAGCACAUAUUUAUUAAUCCCUAUAAUACCACUAUGUUGUCCCAUUUCCUGUUGUGUUGUGCCACCUUGUAACGGUUUGAUAAGAAAUUGGCAUCAUAAUGUAUUUUUUAGCAACACUCGAUUCAGAAAACUCCCAGCUUUUAAAAUAUGUAUUAGGAAGUAAGUACGUUUUGAUUUCAUCAGAUAAUGCCUCCGUCAUGUGACCAGGUUAAAAGUAAUUUAACAGUUAAUGCAUGUGCCUCAUGUUGUUAUGUUUGCCUUGUCACACCUGUGCAGCUACAUAAACGACCACAACGGUUCAUUUGUAAAGUCCACAACUCGACUUUGUGCCAUCAGUGAACAAACUCUUCGUCCGUGUUGUGUUUCUCUCCGCCCUGCAGAGCUCUCACUGUAUUACAGAUGUUGUUAUGACCUCAGAGCCACAGUAACACAAUCCCUUAUACCUGGCGUUGUUUGUAAUGUUGCAGUAUGUGCACUCAUGCUGGAAUAAAUGAUGAACCAUAGGAAACAAG